AUGAUUGGAAUGUUUGUCAAUUUACUACCGUACCGCAUCGUUGUUGACCCACAUGCUGGAUUUUGUGAUCUAUUGCAACAAGUACACCAAUUGACUAUUGACGUUCUUCAACAUUCUUAUCUGCCAUAUCAGUAUAUAAUUGGUCAGCAUCAACAACGAGAACGCCAUUCAAUGCCGUCCAUACAUUUUCAGUAUGAAUCUUUAAUUUCAUCACUCAACCACAAAAGCAACAAACAACUAACUCUUACAAGCGAUACGGAAAUUUCCCUCUAUACGGAUCGAGACUGGUCACAUGGAAAUGGAGUGGCAUUGUUUGAUCUAGGACUCACCGUAUCGCACGAUCACAACUUACAGAAAACAGAUUUCACUCUAGAGUGUUCUGCCGAUUUAUUCACAAGUCAAGAACAAGUGAACGAAUUAUCAUCGCGCUUUCAACAGCUACUUAGACAAAUCUUUAUAAAUACUAUGCUGCACGCACCCAUCUAUGAACUCUCUCUUAUACUACCUAAUGAAAAACAAAUAUAUCUUGACCUCAAUGGAAUAACAAACACUACAACGGUGAUACUCUCAUCAACGACUAAUUCGCACCUUCCAUCUAGCAAAAAUAUCACUACAAACACUCCACAUAAGUGCCGACAUACAAUUGAUACUAUUCACCAACUAUUCUACCAACAGAUUGCAACUAAAGCACAAAAAAUCGCUGUGGAGCUUGAUGAACAGUCUCUUACGUAUGAUGAACUUUUCUUCUAUACACAACGACUGGCACUGUGUUUGAUAGAAGAAUACGACGUCAAGGUUGGAGACAUUGUGUGUCAAUGCGUAGAACGAAGCAUAUCAAUGGUCAUUGGCAUCAUGGGCAUCGAAAUGAGUGGUGCUGUUUACUGUCCGUUGUCACCUCGGGACCCCGAAGAACGCCUUCAUAUGCUCGUGAGAGAAACAAAUUGUCGAGUGGUGCUUGUGCAUUGGUUGACCGGUCUCAAAUUUGCAAUCAGAGUGCCUCUUCUCUGUAUUGACGAUCUACUUAGCAUUUAUCACAACAACAGUAGACGGAGAUUAGACAUUCUGUCGGAACUGACUGCUUCAUCAGAAGCCAUCGCCUACACCAUCUUUACUAGUGGUUCAACCGGAACACCGAAAGCGGCUAUGGUGCGACAUCGAAACUUUGUCGAAUGCAUCCGGGCUUUGGUUUCCAUCGGAAAAUUCGACGACGCGGAUAUUGUAAUACAGAUGGCGCGUUGCUCAUUUGACAUUCACUUAUCAGACAUCUUAGGAACACUGAUAGUUGGUGCCACACUAGUAAUGUUGCAUCCAAAAGGAAAUCUGGAUUUUGAUUACCUUGCGCUGAUUUUGUUGUCGAAACAAAUUACGAUGAUUCAGACGGUGCCAACGCUACUAAAUCAGUUUUUCCAAUACAACAAUGGGACCGACUAUGUUUUAGGUGAAGCGAGUAUCAAAAAUAUUUGCUCGAGCGGUGAGUUGAUAGCACGAAAUGAGGCUCAAUUUCGCUUACCAAUGUUUUCUUAUUUAGGAGAACCAUUCCCGUCGAAAAUGGCUUCGCUUCUAAAACGCAACGUACCAGCGAGCACUCGGAUAUGGAAUUUCUACGGUCCCGCAGAGGCUACAAUUGACUGCAGUUACUACGAGCUGCUGGGAAGUUUUGAUUUCAAUACUGUUCCUAUUGGAAAACCCAUUCCAAACUAUUGUUGUGUGGUAUUCGAUAAAUUCUCACAGCCAGUUCCUAUUGAUCAAGAGGGUGAACUCUUUAUUGGUGGUUCUGGUAUAUUUGCCGGUUAUCUAGGUCGUGAUGACUUGACGGCUAAAGCGCUAAUUGAUAUUGACGGGAAUUUGUUCUACCGAACCGGUGAUAUUGUGAAGGUGGAUGAUCAAGGUCUAAUACAUUAUGUCGGCCGUAAAGAUUUUCAAGUGAAAUUGCAUGGACAACGUAUUGAACUCGGUGAAAUCGAGCGAUGUUUGUUAGAACUAAAUGUCUCGGCGUGUGUUGUCACUAAAUGGGGCGAUGAUCAUUUGGUUGCUUACGUUCAAGGAGCUGAUAUUAGCGUUGACACAUUACGUGAUCAUUGUGCUGCUCGACUACCGCCAUUCAUGGUUCCAUCGUUGUACGUUGUGCUUGAUGAGUUCCCUUUGAAUGCCAACGGGAAACUAGAUCGGAAGCGCCUUCCAUCGCCGAAUUUAAUGCCAGCGAGAAGUAAUUGUGGCGAUUGUGUGCCUCGAAGUGUUUUAGAGAAGCAACUGCAAGAAAUUUUCAGUCAGGCAUUUCAUGUUGAUUCACCUGAUCUAGAAUGUAAAUUUGGUGAGUUUGGUGUUUCAUCUAUAGAUGUUAUGGUUGCUGUUGCUAUAAUUCGCCAAAAAGUAUGCGACGAAAUUGACAUUGGUCUUUUGCUGAGCAAUCCGUCUAUUCGUCAAUUAGCCGAAAUUUUGGAGCCAUUGGUGUCGCAGAAAGAGAGACAGAAUACUUCUGUAAAAGUAGUACUUGAUCAAGGAGUGCAUGAUCGAAUGAGUCCAUCGUUGUUCUUAGAAUCAUUUGGCAUUGCAGUUUUGGUGUGCCAGUGGUUGCUUCCCAUCAUGCUAGCUGUUCGUUGCCAUCCUUCGAUGUUGCUCGUGGUACCAUUUGUUCAUCUGAUGUCCUACCCUAUCUGGCUGCGUUUAUUGUCAUCGCGAAUCGAAAAUGUUGGACGUAUUUUCUCUUCGAGCUUUUAUUGUUGGUGGUUCUUAGAUCGCCUUUGGAGAAACAAUACGUUUUGGCUGCGGCAUUUACUUGGUACUCCAUUUUACAAUUCAUAUCUUCGUUUAUGUGGUGCUCAUAUUGAUGUCGGCACACAUAUUUAUACAACAGCUAUCGAUGCGCCAUGGGUGCUCAGAAUUGGUAAGAAUACCUUGAUCGCUGAUCAUAGCAUUUUAAACUGUUUAUCCUACCUUGAAAAUGACGUCUUUGAAUUGCAUAAAAUCCAUAUUGGUAGUCAUUGCUUGAUUGGCACUCGUUGUGUGUUGCAUGAUGGGGUUGAUAUGGAUGACAACAUCAUCGUACAACCAAUGUCACCUGUUACCGGCCAUAUCAAAUCUGAAACCCUUAUCGAUGGUGAAAAACAGAUGAAGACUUCGUUCAAUAUUCUCGCAUUGCGCAAAGAUAGAUCAUUUUCUUGUUGGCAGACAAUCUACCAGAUUAUUUCGCUUUUACUACUGAGUUUUUCACAUUUUACACUUUUAGUUUUUAUUUAUCAUAUUUAUCAAACUUUGAACCUACCAGCCCCGAUCAGUUUUGCAAUUUGCUGGACGAUGUGGUCAUUUAUUGGGUUAUGUUUUGUACUUAUCUUGCUAAAGUUUCUUGUUGGUUCUUUUGUUGCCGGUGAAAAAUGUGUUGUCAACUCAUGGUUACAUUUACACAAGAUAUGGCUUCGCCAACUAAUUGUAUCUAGUUUCCAUUAUACUCUCUCACUGGUCAAUUCUUAUGAUCCCGUUUUCCCCAUUGUUUUGCGUUGGCUAGGAGCUCAGAUAGGAUCGAACAUCAAACUUGCCGAGAUCGAUACUUUUUUGUCGUAUCCAACGAAUCUAUUGAGAUUUGAAACAGGUGUUACUGCUUUUGGUUACGUUUUGCUGGUUCCCACUGAAAUAACAAUGAUAGGUGAAUGCCGUAUGGACUACAUCACACUUGGUGCUCACAUAAAUCUUGGCAACGGAUGUUCAGUUUUACCGGGAACGGAUCUCAAGUCUGCCACAAUGAUCGGCAACUUAACGCGUACCUCAAGAGAAACCGAUAGCCACCCUGGAUCCAUUCUAAUUGGUGCUCCAGCUCGUGUCAUGCCUUUCGAUAUGCCAUCAAGAAACUCAACUAUAGAUGAAAUCAAAGCUAUUCCGCUGUGGUUCAAAUGUCUCUGUCAUUUGAGCAGCAACUGCGCCUUGGUAACUAUCUACUCACUAGCUGGCAUACUGGUUGGUUCGAUAAUGCAUACAGCACUUUAUUGUGUCCUCUAUCGAUGGCGCUCAUAUUUAAAUUAUUCAGCAAUCAGCUAUUUCACGGUCAAAGUGCAUCAAGAGUAUGAGAUACUCAUUUGUCCAUUUCUGGGCAAUACGCAAUGGCUAAUUCGCUUAUUUCGUCUUCUCGGUGCUAGGAUUGGUACAAGUGUGCUGAUACCAGAUUGCACAUCUCUUCGCGAUUUCGACAUGAUUUCUAUUGGAGACAAUGUGCGACUGAAUUUUCCAGCGUACAUUAUGUGUCAUAGUUACGAACAACGUAUAUGGAAAGUAGCUCCUGUCAAAAUUGGAGAUUCAUGUGUUCUCAUGUGUGGCUCAUUAAUAAUGCCAGGCUGCAUAUUAUCAGGUGGUAAUCGUCUUUAUCCUUAUACAAUGGUCAUGAAGAAUGAUCACCUUCCACUGAAUACUCAUUGGAGAGGACUUCCUGCUCGUAAGUGA